AUGGAUAGCAUUUACAAGAACCCAGAUGCACUCGUAGAGGAUCGAGUCAAAGACCUUCUUUCUCGAAGAACUAUACAAGAAAAAAUGGGCCAAAUGACUCAAAUCGAGCGAACUGCUGCCACUCCUGCUGCUCUCAAAAGCUUUUCGAUCGAUACCAUUUCUCUCUUAGGCAUUUUUUCAUGCAGAACCACCUUAUGCGGAAACUCGGGCGACAAUGAAGAGCUUGUAGUCCCUCUCAAUGGAAGUGAUAUAAUCAGUUUGGUUGCCGACAAAAUCCCCACAUUGGCAAUGCUGAUAUCCGGAAGACCCUUGGUUUUAGAACCUCGAGUUUUGGAAAAAGUCGAAGCAUUAGUUGAUGCUUGGUUUCCUGGAACUGAAGGAAGGGGUAUAACAGAUUUAGUAUUCGGAGAUUUCAAAUUCAAUAGCAGAUUACCAAUGACGUGGCUUAGAAGCACCAAACAGCUACCGAUGAAUCCCAGGCAUAAUUCAUAUGACCCUUUGUUUCCCCUAGGGUUUGGAUUGACAUACAAUAUGGAGAGGAAACAUCAAGAGUACACAAGUUCAGGGCAUGCUGCUGGUCUUAGAUUUAUGGAUAAUCAAUGGGAUAAACAAUUGUUCUAUCAGUACGCUUCUUAUUUGUUGUUGUACCACUUGUAUAUUGCCUGUAAAUGUUUGUGCUCAAACACAUUGUCAUUAUAAAGCUAUGAACUAAAGUCUGGUUCAA